GACAGGCGCACCAGACUUCAACCGGAAUAGGAGUCAGUGUGAGGGGGAUGAGCGCAGCAGCAGCUCGGCCCUACCUGUCCUCCGUCUCUCACUAAGGUUGGAGGCGAGGUAGCGCCUUUAACUGCGGGUUUUGUGCUGUUCUGGUCCAAUGGAGGCAGCGGUGCUGAACCACGCCAUGAUGGCAGAGGUGGACUGCAACAGCAACACCCUGAACGCCGAGUUGGAGGUGAAGAAGCUGCAGGAGCUGGUCCGGAAACUGGAGCGGCAGAACGAGCAGCUGCGGACCCGGGCGAGUAGCUGCUCGGGCGGCCCGCACGGGCUGUCUCCAACCUCGGCAUGCAUGCUCGGCAGCGCCGAGGGAUACCGUCUCCCCAGCCCGCGGCCAAUGUGUCAGUCGUCCUUGGGGUCAUUCUCGCCCCCGGAGGAGCCGUUCGACUAUUUCCACUCGGGCGGGGAUGGAGCGGAGGAGGAGGACGGAUCCGAGCCGUCGGUUCUGGAUGAGCUGGAACUUUUGGAUUUUGAUUCUCUGUGCUGCUCAGACGAGUCUGAUGAAACAUGGUUGUAUGUGUCAUCAAAAGACAGAGAGUCCCGAGACGACUCCCUCACACCCCUGCAGUGGUGCCGGCAGGCUCUGGACUGUCCCAAAUCAGAGGUGGAGGCCGCCAGAAGAUCGCUGUCCCUCCGCCUGGAACAAGUCUCCAGGUGGCGGAGCUCCCUGUCCAGCCCCUCUCCCACCUCCCCCCCUGGCCCUCCUCUGAGGCGAGUGGCCGGAGUGUGCCCCAUCAGUUCUUCCCCUUCAGCCAAACCCUGCUCCACUCCCCAGUCGUCUGAACGACAUGCUCCGUCCCUCUCCUCCCCGCUCCACCCGGUCCUCCAUCGGACCCUGAGCCCUGUAGGGAAGGAUCUCUCCCCCGUAUCUGAGAGAACUCCCACGUUCCUCACUGCCAACCACAGCCACAGCCUCCGGCGCUCCGCCCUCAGUCCCCAGUCAUCCAUGGACGGUGACCUCGGUGCUUCAUGGCUGGAGGACGACUCCAUCACUCUGGGAUACAAACUGCAAGACCUCACCGACGUCCAGGUCAUGGCCCGACUGCAGGAGGAGAGUCUAAGACAGGACUACGCCAGCACGUCGUCCAUCCUGGCCAACCGCCGCAGCCAGAGCUUCACCUUCCAGCUCAGUGCCGGCCCCGACCUGGACGAGGAAGACGAGGACGACGAAGACUACGGCCUCCUUCCCCCGCCGCAGCCGCGCCUCACCCGCCUGCCGCACUCCCACACCUUCUCCAGCAUCCGAGACUGGCGAAGAAGCACCAGUUCCCUGUCCACCCCACCUUCCACCCCCUCCACACCGCCGUACCCGUCCGCUGGGUUCGCCUUUCAGCCUCAGCUCCAGCCACUGGGACUGGGACUGGGCAGCCUCUGCGCAGUCGAGCAGCAUGGCUUCAGACCAGGAUCAGCCGAAUAUGAGAAUAAGCUGCGAAGGAGCAUGCCUAACCUUGUCAGAGCUCCCAGCAUGCCUAGUGUGCCCAAUCCAACCAAUCCUAGUGCUUCCCCUUGUUUGCUUCGUAACAGCCAGAGUUUUGAUUCGUCCAGUGGGCUGGCUCGACUGCAGUCCUCCAUCCCCUCCCCAGGCCAGCUGCAGAACAGGGUCCAGAGCGUCGGGAACUUCUCCUCAUUAUCACGGCAACCACUGAAGGCCACCGCCUACGUCAGUCCCACCAUCAAGGGCUCUGCCUCCGUGCCGACCCUCACCAGCCUCCAGUGUCUGAAUAUUGGCGGCGGGGGAAGUAACGGGGGCGUCAGAGGCAUCCCUAUGCUCAGUAAGACUCCUGCUUCCACCACAAACACGCCCCGCAGCAGCCUGCCCCGCCCCGCCUCCUUUGUUAGCACCCAAAGCUCCACCCCCCGGAGCAAGGUGGGCCAACCAUCACGAAGUUUACUGACUCCUCCAAAGAGCUUGUCCACCCUCAGUGCCCUGCGUGACAGCAACUGGAGAGACGGCUGCUACUGAUGAGUGGAUGAAUGGUGCAGUAGUGCAGUGGAAACCCCGCUGGCUGGGGUGACUCACUGCACCUCAACGUGACCCUUUUCCUCGGGGACAUUUGAAUGGGUUUGACCAAAAAGUAACUGAAACCUUAAAUCCUGCAUAGAAUAGUUUAACGUUAUCCAAAAGGGCCACAACUGACCUGUCAUCUAUUCAAUUCUAUGCAGAAUCUCUUCGGAGAAGACGGGUUGUGCGAGUGUUUGCAUGUCGGGUCUGAUUUUACCGACAGCUCGACACUCUGAGUUUGGUCCGUGCCAAGAGGGAGUUGUUCCCUGCUGCCCUCGUGCAAUAAACCACUGGCUGUGGGGUACUAGUUAUACUAACCUGCUAAAGAGGGCUGCCAGUUACUAUACAACUAUACAAUACUGUAUGUAUUUAUACAUUUAUUUUAAAUGACAUUUUUUAACUAAUCAGGUGUUUUUCCCUCUGGCAACAAGCGCCACUGAUGCUGCUAAAAAUGAAUCGGUUCCUGUUAGUUUGGCCACAUUUGGUCUAAAGUACGUAUUUGUGUACAAAGCUAACUAUUAAGUGUGCUAAUUCUAUAUUAUUGUAUAAUUCUAUAUGAUUGAAUUUUAAAUGUGACCAAAUUUAAAUAUGUCUGACUGCGUUUACAAAAUUGUCUCACCAUAAAAGCUGUGCAUAUUAACACUUUAAAGUAGUUUAACGCCCUGAAAGGGAUCUGUUCCUGUUGCACUUUGUACAAAUCUCUGAACUCACUCAAGUUGUUAUGUCCCGUUUACUAAUGUUGGCACUUUCUUUUACAUUUGAUCUUCUGGAUUUAAGGGGAGAAAACAUUUAAGGAUUAUUGUUUUUUUGGGAAGAUUUCACAGUUAUACACGGCAUAGUGUAGCACCCUUGUUUGUUUAAAUGACGUCACCGUGGCACUUUUCACUUAAUCCUGACACUUUUGUUACUGUGAUGGACUAAAUGACUGAAACAUUUUAUUAAAAACACACUGAAUUAAA